ACGAGGAAGUCGGUAAUACAGACGAAUUCAAUUAUACAAGCAAAAUUGAGAGACAGAGAGAGAGAGGGAGAGAGUCAAACUCAGCAAUGUUUCAACCGAAUAAUCAGCUUGCAAUUCAGAAGGCAAUAUCCAUCAAAGAUUCAUCAACACUGAUGCAAGUUGAUCAAAAUGAGACCAGCAUAGUUGUGAGGGAUGAAAUGCAAAAUGGAGGAUUUGCACAUGCAGAAACCAUCAUAUACCAUUCUAAGAAACUUCAGGAUGAUCUACAAAUGCUAGGGACGAAAAUAAAAGAACACGAGGACAGCAUAAAAUUUCUGAAGACUCAAAAAAACAAGUUAGAUGACUCCAUUCUUGAUUUGCAAGUCAAGUGUCGUUCUUUAAGCACUGCUACGAUUGAACAUGAGAACAACUCCCAACUUCAGACUGGGGAGCAAACAACUGCACAGAUUCUACAGCAUGAAAAAUCUGCUGCUGGCAUUUUGUGUCAAUUGAAAACACGGCUUGGUACUCAGGCUUCUCAUCUUCCAUUGACCAAGGAUGUGCUGGGUAUUGUUGCUGCACUUGGAAAAGUAGAUGAUGAUAAUCUUAGCAGGCUUUUUGCAGAGUACUUAGGAGUGGAGUCCAUGCUGGCGAUUGUCUGUAAGACUUACGAAGGUGUUAAAGCUCUAGAAACAUAUGACAAGGAAGGAUGCAUAAAUACGAGUUCUGGUCUUCAUGGGCUUGGAUCUUCCAUUGGGAGGGCUUUGGAUGGCCGGUUUCUCGUUAUUUGUCUUGAAAAUUUAAUACCAUAUGCGGGUGGGUUUGUAGCUGAUGACCCACAAAGAAGGCUUGAUCUUAUAAAGCCAAGAUUACCUAACGGGGAGUGUCCACCUGGGUUUCUUGGGUUUGCUGUGAAUAUGAUCAAUGUGGACAACGCAAACUUAUUUUGUCUCACAGCCAGUGGGCAUGGCCUCAGGGAGACGCUAUUUUAUAAUCUCUUCUCUCGUCUGCAAAUAUAUAGAACAAGGGCUGAAAUGGUACUUGCUCUUCCUUGUAUAAGUGAUGGGGCCCUUUCUUUAGAUGGAGGGAUGGUUAGGAGUACUGGUGUUUUUUCCCUGGGAAAUCGGGAAGAUGUAGAUGUGAAAUUCCCAAAGCCCUCAGUGACAUCAACUCUACCUGAAAACUACAUUGAAGCUGAGAAGCAGGUCAAGGAGACGAAAUGGAAAAAAGAAAAGGUGCUGGAAGAUCUGAAGAGACAAGAAGCAUUGUUGCACGCUGCAAAGUUCAAUUUUGAUAAAAAGAAGCAAGAGUUUCUCAAGUUCCUUGCUGAAACCUCAUCGUAUGCAACUCAGCAUCAAAUUCAAGGCAGCACCAGAUAGGUUGGCCCCAAGAUGAUGUAUAGGUUGAACAGCCAAGCUUAAAUAUAGUACAACCGGAGGAAAGGGAGGAGCUAUUAGAGUCACUGUUUGUUAACUUGAGCUCUGACUGAAAUCCAUGCUCCAUUUCUGGUUUUGGGUGCAAGAAGAAUGUGGUGGGAAUGGAAAGGGUAGCUUUUUCUCAAUUCCAGUGAGCAGCCUUUGAGUGGAAAUCCUUUGUUACUCAGUAUGUUCAUGGGCAAAUUGUAAUGCAUGAUUAAAACUCAUUGGAAAAAGCUGUUGAGCAUCAUUUUGUUUUCAUCUCUUUGGAUAUAUGGGGCAUUAUGUUCACCAUUAUGUGUAAUCUGAUCAUUUUACAUGCUAGAGGCAGUUAUGUUGUAUA